UGCCAGAGUUUUUUCCCCCACUUGACAUUGAACUUUAAACUUUUCUCAGGAGACUUAAAGUCAUGAUUGACAAUCUCCGUAGACCCACCAUGAAGGAGAUGCGCAGGAGCAGCAGCUCAGAGAACUGUGCUCCCAAGAGGAUGGGUACCAGUCUGCCCAACCUCAGGGAGGAGCGGCACCUGGGCAUCCUCAGACACACCUCAGUGACUGAGACGCCUCUGAAGAUCCGUCAAAAACAUGUCAAGCAAUUCCAGCUACCAGAUUUCCACCCUCAUUUGUCCUACAAGUAUGUGCAGGAUUACUACGCUGACCUGGUUGGGCUGCUGGGCAAAGCCAUUUCCUUCACGCCUCGUGAGAACUCCUCCCUGCUGGCUCGCUACUACUACCUGCGUGGUGUGGUCAACACAAUGUGUACCCGCAGGCUGGAUGCCCUCAGCGACUUUCAGAACCUCAACCACACCGAUGUAGAGAUUUUCCCCGCUGAGCUGGUGAGGGCGCUGGUGGACUCGCUCCAGCAUGAGGAGCAAGCACAGGUGGACCGCCGGCCGGAGCUCAAACGCCUGGUCUGUAGGGUUAAGAGUAGUGAGACGGGGGAGGUCACUGUCCAGCCCACCGAUGACCACGUCAAGAAGUUUAAGAUGCCCAAGACUCACAUGCCACUGGAGAACUUUGUCACGCACAUUCAGGAAUCGGGUAUCGUCAGAGAUGUGGGCACCAUCCAUCGCUUGUUUGAUGCACUUAGUGUUGGCCCGCAAAAAGAGGUCGACCCAGACGUGUUCCGCGUCUUCUACACCUUCUGGAAGGAGAUGGAAGCUGAGGCUCAGGAUGUGCACCUGCCGGCUGAAGUGAUGGAACAGCUGGACAACAAUGAGUGUGUGUAUAAAAUCUCCUGCUCCGUGAAGACUAACUAUGGUGUAGGCAAGAUUGCCAUGACCCAAAAGCGACUCUUUCUACUUCCUGAUGGACGGAGAGGAUUUGUAGACAUCACUAAGUUCAGAGAUAUAGUGGAAGUGAAAAUCUCUUCAGCUCAGUUCCUGCUUUUGCGUAUCCCGUCACUGAGGAUCAAGAGCAACCUGAAAAAAGAAGUGUUUGAGGCCAACCUCAGGUCCGAGUGUGACCUGUGGAGCCUGAUGAUUAAAGAGAUGUGGGCUGGGAGGAAGAUGGCCGAUGAUCACAAGGAUCCUCAGCACAUGCAACAGGCCCUCACUAACGUCCUCCUCAUGGACACUGUGGUCGGCUGUCUUCAAACACAGAAAGGCAUAUUAGCAGCUUCUAAACUGGCUUAUUAUGACAGGCUGAAACAUGAGGUGCCAACGGCUGUUCCAAAGACAACCUCUGACACUCUGAAGCACAGGAUUAACCCCUCCCUUCAUCUGCCUUCCCAGCAAACAGUGGAUGUGUUACUCUAUACUCCAGGCCAGCUGGAGAAGUCUGACAUAGACGGGGAUGGGAACCCUAAGCUGUGGUGUGCUCUCAGCCACGGGAGGGUGGUGGUGUUUGAUGCAGCCAGCUGGUCCAUGCAGCAGAACGGCAUUCAAGUGGGGGCACUGCCUCUGAGCUGCAUGCUUGGGCUGGACCAGGAGCAGGUAUGGAUGGGCUCUCGGGAUUCCACCAUCUACAUCAUCAACGCGCGCAGCAUGUCUUGUCACAAGCAGUUGACUGAACACCGGGGUGAAGUCACAGAUUUGGUCCUGGAGGACAGACAGGAUGCAUCCAGCAGCCCAACUUUAGCCUACUCAUGCAGUCUUGAUGGCAUGGUUAUUGUGUGGGAUGUGUCUACCCUGAAGAUGAGAAGGCAGUUUAAUCUGAGCUGUCACAACCUCACCUCCAUGCAGCUGUACAACAGAACACUGUGGUGCUGUGCCAAUGACUGCAUCAUGGAGCUGAGGAAGACCGGCGUAGUGCAGCGUAAGAUCUGCUUGCUCCAGGAUCCCACAACCCCCCCUUCACCUUUCAAUGGGUUCAUCGUCUACUUAGAGAGGGAUCAGAUAUGGACCAGUCGUGUGGAUUCGUCUGAAUUGUGUGUGUGGCACUCAGAAAAUCUGGAGAAGCCCGCACAGAGGGUACAGCUGCCUGACAGUGCUGGAGUCACCUCUAUGCUCAAGGUCAAGAACCAGAUCUGGGUUGGCUGUCGGAGCUUGAGUGAGAACCAGAGUGGGGUGGUGGGGAAGAUCUUUGUGGUGGACGUGGCCCAGGCUGUGGUGGAGAAGGAGCUGCUCGCUCACACAGACAGUGUCCAGGCACUCUGCUCAGCGGAGGACCGCUACGUGCUGAGUGGCUCCGCCUGUCUGGACGGCAAGAUCGCCAUCUGGAAAGUAGAGUAGAAGACUCACAAGUCAGCAGUUGCUCUGCCUCCCAACGCUUCUCUUCAGUGCAGUUUCACGGGACACAUCUGGACAUGAUUGUUGGACACAAACGGUUGUACUGAUGAGGGUCACUCCGCUAAGGGAAGCCCAUUGCCUCGGUUCUCAGCAUUUCACCUGAAGGUCAGACUGCAUGACCACAAAUGGACUCCUGUUGAGGUCUCCUCCAAAUGAUGAGGCCUUCAUAGUAUCUCAUCUACUACUGUAUUGUUCUAAUUAAAAAGUACUACCCUUAUUUUAUUUCAUUUUAAAUCAGUAAUUUAUAAUAAAUGGAUUUGUUUACA